AAUGAUUGAUGGAUUAACUGCUACAGAAUUAGAUAAUACUUUAGCAGAGUCAAGUAGGCUUUCUACAAAUGGACGGAAGAGAGAUUAUAAGUUUAUGAUCUAUUGUCAAAUUUUAAAUGUGAUAUUGUCAAUAAUUUCAAUAGUUUUGUCAGCUAGCAAGAUAGCUGAAAUACAAGAUGAUCCCAUAUUAAAUUUAUUCAUAAGAAUAAAAACGCCUUUAUUAGAUGCUGACUUUCUUAGUACAACGUUAAUAGAAGUAUCUUACUAUUUGAUUAUCAGCGGUUCUGCUGCAACCCUCUUAACUAGCCCUAUAGGUUUAUACGCUGGUGUUGCACAAUUAAAGGCUCUUAAAGAGAUCUAUAUCGUUUUGGCUAAUUUUAUAUUUAUUGCACAAUCUACAGCAAUUGUCUUUGCGGCUACGCAUCAAAAUCAAAUAUUGAAAGAUCUUGACAAACACAUGUCCGAUGUUGCCGCCAUGUCUUACAGAGGUAUAGAUUAUCGAGAAAAAAUAGUGAUAAAAAAUGAUCCAUACUCUUUGGGAUGGGAUUCUGCCAUGAUUAAGUUCAAAUGCUGCGGAAUAGUUAACGAUAAAGAUAAUCAAGGUUUCGAAAUUUUUUCGCGAGUAUUUCAUUACGUUAAAUCUGACGGAAGCUCCUUAUCCACGGUAUGA